AGCCGCGGCCGCCGCGGGCACCGGCAGCGGCACCGGCACCGGGACGGCGCGGAGCGGAGCGGAGCGGCGGCACCAUGGCCUCCGAGAGCGAGGCGCAGCGGGCGCUGCAGUAUGAGCAGACCUUGAUGUAUGGGCGCUACACGCAGGACUUGGGCACCUUUGCCAAGGAUGAGGCAGCGCGGCUGCGGCUGCAGGAGGGGGACACGCCCCGGCCCCGCCGCCCCUCCGAGCUGCUGGAGUACAGCCAGGGCCGCUGUGCCCCCUGUCGUGUCUGCGCCUUGCAGUGCCAGCGGUUCCUCAUCUCCAAGGUGGGUGAGGACUGGGUUUUCCUCAUACUGCUGGGACUGGUCAUGGCACUGGUCAGCUGGGCCAUGGAUUUCGCCAUCGCCACAUGCCUCCAAGCUCAGAAGUGGAUGUACGGGGGCCUGGACACCAACGUGCUGCUGCAGUACAUGGCCUGGGUCACCUACCCCACUGUGCUCAUCACCUUCUCAGCUGGCUUCACCCAGAUCCUUGCCCCCCAGGCCGUGGGCUCAGGGAUCCCCGAGAUGAAGACCAUCCUGCGAGGUGUUGUGCUGAAGGAGUACCUCACCCUCAAGACCUUUGUGGCCAAGGUGAUCGGACUGACAUGUGCCCUGGGCAGCGGCAUGCCCCUGGGCAAGGAGGGUCCCUUUGUCCACAUCGCCAGCAUGUGCGCAGCUCUGCUCAGCCGCUUCCUCUCCCUCUUUGGGGGCUUCUACGAGAAUGAGGCAAGAAACAUUGAAAUGCUGGCAGCUGCCUGCGCUGUCGGUGUUGGCUGCUGCUUCGCCGCCCCCAUCGGAGGCGUCCUCUUCAGCAUCGAGGUAACCUCCACCUUCUUUGCCGUCCGCAACUACUGGCGCGGCUUCUUCGCUGCCACCUUCAGCGCCUUCAUCUUCCGUGUCCUUGCUGUCUGGAACAAGGAUGAAGAGACAAUCACGGCACUGUUCAAAACCCGCUUCCGCCUCGACUUCCCCUUCGACCUGCAGGAGCUGCCUGCCUUUGCCGUCAUCGGGAUUGCCAGCGGUUUCGGGGGCGCGCUCUUUGUCUACCUCAACCGCAAGAUUGUGCAGUUCAUGCGCCGCCAGAAGACCAUCAACCGCUUCCUCAUGAAGAAGCGCCUGCUCUUCCCUGCCCUGGUGACGCUGAUCAUCUCCACGCUGACCUUCCCGCCCGGCUUUGGACAGUUCAUGGCUGGCCAGCUCACCCAGAAGGACACCCUGGUGACACUGUUUGACAACCAGACAUGGGCCAAGCAGGGGAUCAAUGAUGAGUUCGAAUACUUGGGCAUCCUGGAGGCCUGGCGCCAUCCCCGCUCCAACGUCUUCGUCACACUUGUUGUCUUCAUCCUCAUGAAGUUCUGGAUGUCAGCCUUGGCCACUACCAUCCCAGUGCCCUGUGGAGCCUUCAUGCCCGUCUUCGUCAUUGGGGCAGCCUUUGGGCGCCUGGUGGGGGAGAGCAUGGCAGCCUGGUUCCCUGAUGGCAUCCACACGGACAGCAACAUCUACCGCAUCGUGCCGGGGGGCUACGCCGUGGUGGGGGCGGCUGCGCUGUCGGGUGCUGUCACGCACACGGUGUCCACGGCCGUCAUCGUCUUCGAGCUGACGGGGCAAAUCUCACACAUCCUGCCUGUCAUGAUCGCUGUCAUCCUGGCCAAUGCCGUCGCCCAGAGCCUCCAGCCCUCCCUCUACGACAGCAUCAUCCGCAUCAAGAAGCUUCCAUACCUCCCUGAGCUGGGCUGGGGCCACCACGAGAAAUACAACGUGCGGGUGGAGGACAUCAUGGUGCGGGAUAUCCGCUACGUCACCCUCAACUGCAAGUACCGGGACCUGCAGCAGGUCCUGCACAGCACCAAGAUGAAGAACCUGCCUCUGGUGGAGUCAGCUGAGUCCAUGAUCCUGCUGGGCUCCAUCGAGCGGGCGCAGGUGGGGGCCCUGCUCAGCAGCCAGCUCAGCCCCCAGCGCCGGCUCAUGACGCUGCGGCAGAAGGUGCUGUCCGAGGAUGGGCACCGGCUCUCCGAUUCCAGCAUCCGCUUCCAGAUCAGCACAGAGACCUCCUCGGGCGCCCCUGCCCGCCCUGCGCUCCGCAAGCCCCUGAAGCCGGCGCUGAAGCGGGUGCCCAGCAGCCCACCUGACAGCCCCCCAGGUGAGUCUGCAUGUGUCCCAUUGGCCCCCCGUGUCUCCGCCGCUGACACCCCCUCUCCACCUGCAGCUGGCAGCACUGACCACACUGGCAUCGCCCUCAAGAGCCUCUUCUGUGCCAACGCCGCAGAGCCCACCGAGGCCCACGCCACAGCCUAUCACAAGGCCAAACGAGUCCGCAUUUCCAUUGUGGAGGAGAUGAUUCUGGGAGACAAGAUGACCCCAGCAGAGAUCCUGGAGUGGGAAGAGCAGCAGCUGGACCAGCUGGUGGACUUCAGCAGUGCCAAGAUCGACCCCGCACCCUUCCAGCUGGUGGAGCACACCUCCCUGCACAAGACCCACACCAUCUUUUCUCUGCUGGGCCUGGACCACGCAUUCGUCACCAGCAUCGGGCGGCUGGUGGGCAUGGUGUCCCUCAAGGAGCUGCGCAAGGCCAUCGAGGGCUCGCUGACGGGCAAGGGGGUGAAGGUGCGCCCGCCGCUCGCCAGCUUCCGCGACAGCACGGCCAGCACCACCGAGGCCGACACCACCGCCCUGCGCCAGCUCUGGGACCGCCACCAGCACCACCACAUGCCCCGCGAGGCCAGCCCUGGGGGCGACGAGGAUGACGACACCCCCAAGGGCGAGUGAGACCCUUGGGAUCCAUCCCCCUGUGUCCCUGGAAGCCACACGGGCCCCCUGGCAGGUGCCGGGGGAUGCCCACCCUGAGCCCACCGACGCCAGGCUCAGCACAGGCGUGGGCACCCUCAGUCCAGUGCCUCUGCUCCCUCCCUGGGCUGGGGACCAGCCAAAUACCCCCCAGCCAGCCCGUGCUCUCCAGCUACCUGCCAGCUCUUGGGGCUUCCCACUUUGCUACCUCUGUACCCCCCCAGCCCCUGGUGCCCCCCAGAAUGGCCACUGCCCUCACACUCUCCAUGAGGACCACAAUGUCCCUUCUCAGGGUGGCACGGGGUGGAGAGGGGCAUCAGGUUGGGGUGUCCACAGGGACAUGGGUGGGCAUUGCCCCGUGUGCUCAGCACCUCACGGCUGCGAACACGGGGUCCUGCUGCCUCUCUGCCAUGCACCUCUCCCCAUGUAAAUACAGAGAUUUUUAUAUUAAUUUAAUAAAAGGACUUUAUAAACAGA